AAGCCCCGCCGGCAGUCGCAGACGGCAGACCAACCUCGGCCGCAGCUUGUGAGGGGGAGCAGCGGCUCGUCGGACGGGUGGCACGCCCGGGGGGCCAGCGGAAGGCGACGAAUCCUAGUGUGCGAGCGUGCUUGCAUAGCCGCGCAUCCGGAGAGGGGAGCGGGCUGUCCACAGGUGCAAGGCUCUAUCUGACUGCUGUAAUACAGAUCAAGUACAUUGAAUUUUACUAUGGCAGCUGAGGAAGACGUCAAACAGAGGCAGAUUGUUGAAAAUCGUGCGAGAAAUAUAAGCCACAAUGUUCGGUGCACUGAGUGUGGUAGCCAAUCAAUUGAAGAUUCACAGGCUGAUGUUGCUAUUCUGCUUAGGAAGCUCAUUCGUGAUGAAAUAAAAGCAGGAAAGAGUGAUAAAGAGAUCUACAAGAAACUAGAGGAUGAGUAUGGGGAGACAGUGCUAUAUGCCCCUAAAUUUGAUCUUCAGACUGCUGGGAUAUGGCUUUCACCUGUCAUUGUGGGUGGUAUAGCAGCUGGCAUCUGGGCUUACCAAAAGCACAGGCAAAGGACAAAUGUUCACAUUAUGGCUCUGAACCUGGUCCGAGGGGUACCACUGACUCCUAGGGAGAAGGAGACCAUGUUAGACAUCCUUACACCUCCACCGCCUCCAAGGAAAUGGUGGUGGCCAGGCAAAUGAUGUAGAAUUCAUGUGCUUGACCGACCUGGUAGCAGCACACAAAUGGUCAGGAUGCAAAUUACAUUUUGGAUGCAUAUUGCAUAUGUGAUACUUUGAACCAAAUGUUUUUGUAUUGUGUACUCUACUCAUGGAACUAGCUGCAUUUGCUACAAGCUCUACAUGAUGUAGGGUUGCACGAUGUAAAAUCAUAGCAGCUCGUUGCUGCUAAUUUUAUAAAGUUGUUUGUUGUCAAAAAAGAAAAAAAAACAUGUCAGAUUGCUGCCA